AUGGCACCAGUCCUAACAGAAGAGGAAUCAGCUCUCGAUCCCUAUCUCAUCCUGGAGAUAUCAUCAGACGCGACGGACAAAGACAUCCAAAGAGCAUAUAGAAAAAAAUCAUUGAAAUGUCAUCCGGAUCGUAACCCAUCUCCUGAAGCAGCAAUUCAAUUCCGUCAGAUAUCCGUAUCGCUCGAAAUACUCUUAAAUCCCAAUAAGAGGAAUUAUGUAGAUACGAAAUUGGAAAAUGACAGGAAGAAGAAAGAGAGAUAUGCUGAGAUGGAUAAGAAGAGAAAAGUGAUGGUUGAUGCCCUCAACGCCCGAGAAGAAGAAGCCAAAAGAGCCAAGGUUGUUCAACAGGAGAAACGUCGUCAGGAAGCUGAAGAAGAAGCUAUCAAAGAUGCUGGACGGAGGAUGCUGGAAGAAGCUCAAAAGAGAGCAAUGGCAGCUGCAUCCGCUGCUAACAAACCACCUGUCCAACCUCCCCAACCCAAGUCAGACUUGAAUGACAAUAAUCAGAAUCGACCUGAAAUUACAUCUACCGAUUUAACUCUCAUUCUCACUUUCCCCUCUUCGUCUUCGUCUUCAGCUUCGUCAACCCAACUUCAGAAUACACUAGAAUUGAAAUAUGGUCCAAUCGCUCACCUGAUAUUGACGGAUCCACCGGCAAAUAAGAAGAAGAAGGGUAAAAAGGCUGUAGUGGAAUUUCAGAAAGGUAAUUGGGGUGGAUGUUGGGCAUGUUGGAAAGAUCACUCAAACACUACAGGGCCAGGGGCAGGUGUGGAAGAUGGAGUUAAAGUGAAAUGGGUUAAAGGGGAAAUACCAGAAUGGGUUGAAUGGGCAGAACGACAGAAUCCGAAACAAUCUCAUACCCAGACACAGACAAACGGUGAUAAUCAUAUAUCAUCAGCAUCUGCAGCUGUUGCUGGUACAACGUUCAGUUUUGAUUCUGCACCUGAUAUUAGUAAUGGUGGAACUGGUGGGUUCACAAUGGCCGAUCUCUUAUCUGCACAUGCGAAGAAUAAGGAACAGAAAGUGAAAGACAAUCAAUUUGAAAGUAUGACGUUGUUGAGGAUGAGACAGCUGGAGAGGGAGAGGUUGGAAGCGAAGAUAAGGGAGGAGGAGGGUGAGCAUUGA